UACUGCAAAAAAUCUUAAGAAAUAGUGGGCCAGGUCCGUUACAGCAUCCUAAUAGGGGCCCACAUUCCCUAUUACCGGGAUAAUUACCACGAAAAGCCACGCUGAGGUGCCAUUUCGGCACAGCCAGAACUCUCCAGUACCUCUGCUCGCCAAAAAAAAAAAGGGGGAAAAAAAAGUAGAAAAAAAAGGAAGGAAUAAUCUAAAAAAAGAAGACCAAAAAAACCAUUUAUUUUCUUUUUCUUUCUCGGCAAACAAACAGGACAAAAGGAAGUCAGAGAGAGAGAUAGUGAUCGAGAGUCGUUUGUUGUUUGUAAUAAUCGAAAACAACAAUAGUACUAUCCACUCCAAUGGCGACGGGUGGAAUAGUAGGGCCAUGAGCCUAUGACCCGUUUCUCCGACAAGCUCCGUUGCUUCUCUCUCCUCCACAAGGCCCGCUUUCUCUCUCUAAACCUCGCCGACCUCUGCAAGUCCCUCGCCCGCGCCGUCGCUGCCAAAGCCCUCGCUCUCUUCUCCAUGGACCCCUACUACUCCGAGGACCUCGAUUUCUUGGAAUUCGAGCGCUCCAACUUCCGCUCCCAGCGCCCUCGGCUCCUCGACAACGACGCCAACGGCGAGCCCGAGCCGGACCCGAAACCCGACGACGAGAAGGUCUACUUGGUUCCUCACGGGUGGUGGAAGGAGGUACAAAGGCCUGCUGAUUCUGUUGAAGGCGUUUCAUACGACGUGUCGUUUGACAACGACGACGACUCGGAAAUUGUAAUGAAUUUGAGGAAGAUAGAGGACUAUAGGAAUGGCGAUUGUGCUCAAGAAGAAACGUUUUCUGGUAGUGAGUACGCUUUGGUUACAGAACCAUUGUGGGUUCGUGCCCUUAUAAGGCAUGGGGAUUUAGAAGCAGGUAGAAUGGGAUUUGUGACCUCUACUACUGAAGAUUUUUCACAGAAUGUGUUUCCUUUACAAAUUAAGCUUUUUGUUUCAUCCGAAACGAAUUCAUUGGUUGUGAAGAUACACGAACAGGACAAUGCGAUUGAUUCUUAUAAGAGAGCAUGUAGUAUUUUUAAUUCUGACUCUAAGCCGUUGCACAUUUGGGACUUCUCAGGGAAGCUAAACAAAAUUGUAAUGAAUGAAGGUUUGAGUUACCCUAAUGAUUCUCCUAGACAGCCGAGCAGAGAGUAUUUCCUUCAAUUGCAAGUGCAUGGAUUUACAGAUACCUAUAAGGAUCGUGAUAAUAGGGGUGAGGAAAUGGCAGAAACUGAUUCCAAUGACAGAGGUAGUUGCGAUGGUCUUGUUAGGAUGAAUGGGAGCACUGACGAACUAAACUUUUCUUUGACUCGACCAAAUUCCUCGCAACAUAUUUGUAGCUACAGAGGAGCUGGUUCCUUGGGCUUGAUUGGAUUGCAGAAUCUUGGGAAUACGUGUUUUAUGAACAGUGCCAUUCAAUGCUUGGUGCAUACUCCAGAGCUUGUUUAUUAUUUUUUGGGAGACUAUUGCAAGGAGAUAAAUAGUGAUAACCCUUUGGGGGUGAAAGGAGAUCUUGCUAUAGCAUUUGGAGAGCUAUUAAGGACGUUAUGGGCCCCAGGAAUGAGCCCUGUGGCUCCAAGAAUGUUCAAGCAAAAGAUUGCUAAUUUUGCACCUCAGUUUAGUGGCUAUAAUCAACAUGAUUCCCAGGAAUUUCUUUCAUUUCUGUUGGACGGUCUCCAUGAAGAUCUAAAUCGUGUGAAGUGCAAGCUGGCUACUAAAGCUGAAGAUACAGCAGGCUGCCCUGAUGAAGAAGUAGCAAGAGACUAUUGGAAGAAUCAUCUUGCUCAAAAUGACUCCAUCAUUGUUGAUUUGUUCCAUGGCCAAUACCGAUCAGCAGUAGUUUGCUCUAUUUGCAAGAGGGUCUCUGUUGCAUUUGACCCAUUUGUGUACCUUUCCUUGCCGUUACCUUCAACAACAAUGCGAACCAUGACAUUGACGGUCUUGAGCACAGAUGGGACGUCACCACCAUCUACUUUUACAAUAACAGUGCCUAAGAAUGGGAGAUUAAAGGAUCUCAUUGAUGCUCUGGGUGUUGCUUGUUUUCUGAACGAUGAUGAAACCCUUUUGGUGGCUGAGAUAUACAAGACUCGAAUUUUUCGUAUUUUGGAGGAUCUGAAUGAUUCAUUAUCCUUGAUCAGAAAUGAGGACUGCCUGGUGGCUUAUCGGUUACCAAAGGGAAGUGGUGUGUUCCCUUUGGUUGAAUUCAUACACCAACGCAUAGAAAAGCAGUUUAAUUUUGGAGCGACAAGAUCUGAUCCUACGACAUUUGGCAUACCGUUUCUAGCAAGGUUGUCUGAUCUUCAUUGUGGAUUUGAUCUUCAUAAACACUAUAUGAGAUUACUGAAUCCAUUUUCGAUUUCCAUUGCACAUGUAUCAAAUGAUUUUGUUGAUAAUGCUAAUGAAGAUGGUGAAAUAGAUGACGCAACCAGUCAUACAAAUUGGAGUGGUUGGCCGGAGUCAGACAGUGAAUCAGGGGAUGAUGAAGAUUUGGAUAUAGACUUCCGAUUUUAUUUCCAGGGAGAAUUAGUGGAUAAGCUGAUUGAAAUGAAUGAGCCAGUGUUAAUCCCACAGUUUUCCGAGAUGUUGAAGGUCCGUGUUUUGUGGUCGGAUAAGAUGAUUAAGAAGUACGAUAUCUCUCAACUCAGCUCAUUACCUAUGGUUUUUAAGACCCAGUCAUUCUUUUGGAGUCCUCAAGAUUCUGUUUCCCUGUACAAAUGCCUUGAAGAAUACUUGAAGGAGGAACCUCUAGGACUGGAAGACAUGUGGUACUGCCCUGAUUGCAAGAAGCAUCAGCAAGCUAACAAAAAGAUAGAUUUGUGGAAAUUGCCUGAAAUUAUAGUCAUUCAUUUGAAGAGGUUCUCAUACACAGAGUUUUCAACGUCAAAGCUGGAAAGCUACGUGGAUUUUCCAAUUGAUGACAUGGAUUUCUCAAGCUACUUUAUCCAAAAAAAUAUACGACCAAACCGAUAUAAUCUAUAUGCAAUUAUUAAUCACUACGGGUCUACGUUUGGUGGUCAUUAUACUGCAUUUGUUCGUCACAACGGCAAGUGGUAUGAGUUCGAUGACGACAAGGUCCAUUAUGUAACUGAGGAGAGUAUCAAGACUUCUGCUGCUUAUGUUCUUUUCUACAGAAGAGUGCCAGAUGCUUAAACUAACAUAGUUAUAUAGCUAUAGCAACCAUUUGGAGGUAGCAUGCCAAUAUUACUCUGAAUUCUUUUCCUUGAUCUUCUUUUCUGAAGUCUUCCAUGAGGCUUUUUUUUAUCUCGAGGAGCAGCAUAAUUUUCACCCGCAGCUUGGAAUUGGGGAGAUUACAAGAAAAGAUAGAAAUAUCAGUUCUGUGCAGCUCUAAAAGGGCGCCAGUGAAGGACAAUUUUUCCCACCACCUUCUGUGUUACAUGUGCAUAGUCUUGAGAGAGAGAGAGAGAGAGAGAGAGAGAUUUAAAAGGGUGCUUAGUCUUUUAACAGAGAAAGGGAUUUGAAUUACCAUUUCAUUUUUUCAUUUGGGUUUGUUGACCCCUGACUCUUUUUUUUUUGCUACUGACCCGAGUUGUACAUACAGUGUUGUCUUUUUGGACCACACCAAACAUCUUUGUUUUGUCAAUGAUGACAAGGAUAUAACUCUUAAAUGGUUCAUUCUGAAUCUGAAAUUUUAAUCAU